AUGAAGGUUUUACAUGGCGCUUCAAUCCACCUUCAGCACCCCAUUUUGGAGGGCUUUGGGAAAGGUUGUGAAGUGAAGAGUGCCAAAUAUCAUUUAACACGUGUUCUGAAGGAAACCAAGCUGACACUCAUUGAGUUACAAACGUUAUUAUGCCAAAUUGAAGCAUGCCUCAAUUCACGGCCUAUUACCCCUAUGAGCAAUGAUCCUAAUGAUCUGCAACCACUAACUCCAGCGCAUUUCCUUAUAGGAGGCCCAAUGCUUAGGUAUCCGGAACCAGACUUAUCUCAAGAGCAAGGAAAUGGGCUACGCAGAUGGAGGUUCGUGCAAUUCCUUAUGCAAGAUUUUUGGAAAACAUGGCACGAGGAGUAUCUCCCGCAGCUACAGACCAGAGGCAAGUGGACCUCAGGAGCUGAACCAUUUAAGGUGAAUGAUAUCGUCAUCGUCAAGGAGGAAAAUACUCCACCGAUGAAAUGGAGGCUGGCCCGUAUAGUGCAGGUGCAUCCGGGAACAGACGGAAGAACCAGGGUAGUAACCAUACACAUGGCAAAUGGCUUAGAGACCCGCCGCCCUGUCGCAAACCUUUGCAGACUCCCAAUUGUGUCAGAAGAGACUGUUGAAAAAUACAUUUUCAACGGGGGGGAGAAUGUUGAGGCCCGAAUGCGCGGUGACAUUCCCCACCGACCGCAUCACACACGCACACACACACACAGCACAGUGUCGUGUUUAUAUUAUUAUUGUUAA